CUUUUUACUCUUGAUGAUAUGGAACAAAAAUUUGGACACGUCUGUUUUGUGACGUCUAUUUUUUAACUGUAAUAAAAUUGGUGGUGUGUCCGGUGGGCUCAUUUUUUGAUGUCAUUUUGCAUAUUUUUAACACGUUGGACCCCUAACAAUUUUGAUAAAGUGAAAUGGGGCAAAAAUUUCAGUAUGAUGAAAGUGGAGGAACAUUUUUCUAUUUCUUAUUGUCAUUUUUAGCUCUUAUUUUGAUUCCAGCGACGUUUUAUUACUGGCCGAAAAAGAAAAAAAGAGAUGUUGAAGAAGAUGUUAAACAAUGUAAAUGUCCAGGUUGUAUAUCAAAAAAAGAACACAUAAAAAAAUUGGAACCAUGGAAGGGUACCAAGAAUUUUUUAAUAAAAUUAAUAAUUAUAUUUGGAUGGGUUAUCCUAUUUUUAUUAGCUUAUAAGGUGUCUCAGUUCGAUUAUGAAAUGUCUAAUUUUGAUCCUCAUGAAAUACUGGGUAUCUCACUUGGUGCUAGUCAAUCUGAAAUUAAAAAAGCCUACAGAAAGUUGUCGCUAAUUUUACAUCCUGAUAAAGAUACUGGUAAUGAAAAGGAAUUCAUGAAAUUAACUAAAGCUUAUCAAGCAUUAACAGAUGAAGAGGCAAGGAGAAAUUGGGAAAAAUAUGGUAAUCCAGAUGGUCCAGGAGCUAUGAGUUUUGGCAUAGCCUUACCUUCUUGGAUAGUUGAGAAAGAAAACAGUGUAUGGGUAUUAGGAUUAUAUGCUCUUGUUUUUAUGGUUGCAAUGCCCAUAGUGGUUGGUACUUGGUGGUAUAGAAGUAUUAAAUAUACUGGAGAUCAGGUGUUAUUAGAUACAACACAUUUAUAUUUUCAUUACUUCAAUAAAACCCCUAAUGCUGCAAUAAAGCGGGUCAUCAUGAUUUUGGCCGCUAGCUGGGAAUUUGACAAAAAGAACAACUCGGAAAUCGUUGAGCGGCAGUCAGAUAAUGAAGAAGUCCCACAUCUAAUAAAAAAGCUACCAAAUCUGGGAGAGAAGAACAAAGAAAGACCUUUGUGUUAUUUGUAUAGUAUAAAAGCGCGUGCAAUCAUUCAUGCGCAUUUGAGUAGGAUUCCUUUAAAUCCCGAUACUCUAGAGCAAGAUAGAAGGUAUAUUAUUGGAAAAUGUCCAUUUUUAGUAAACGAACAAGUUAAUGCCGUCAAUGAACUGAUUAUUUUGGCAUACUCUAGACGAAUUCCAAGAUUACCACCUAUAGAAACUAUCGAGAAUUGCAUGAAACUUUCUCCUAUGAUUGUUCAGGGUCUUUGGGAAUUUAAAUCACCUCUUUUACAAUUGCCUUACAUUAACGACGAUAACCUCAAGUAUUUCAUGUCUAAAAAACGUCAGAUAAAGACUUUGCAACAGUAUGCCCAGCUGAAAGUCGAGGAGAGACGAAAUCUUCUUAGAAACUUGAGUGAUGACGAGUAUGAAAAUGUUAUGAGGGUACUAGGAAAAAUGCCUUUUAUCGAUUUUCAAAUACAAGUAGAAGUUAUGGAUGAUGAUAACCCAAACGAAGUAACAGCUGGAGCCAUUGUAACUGUUACUGUAGUUUUAAUUAGAAAAAAUAUGAGCACCCUUUUCGGAGAUGAACAAGCAAAAGUUUCUACAGAAAUAACAGAGAAUGGAACUGAUGAGGUUAAAGAAAUCGCAGGCGACACUGCUAGCGAGAAUAUCGUUAAAAGACCUGCAUGGUUAAAGCAAAAAAAGGGUGGUAAGAAAACGAAAAAAUCAAAACCAGUAAAUAAACAGGCGAACAGUACAUCGCUUAAAUCAAAGACUGAAGAUUCUCCAAAGCCAGUAGUAGCAAAGAAAAAAGAUACAUUAAUAAGAGCUAAAAGUAAAGAAAAGAAAGAAGAUGAAGAAGAUACCGAUGAAACGGAUGAAAGUGAUACUGAGAAUAUCGAGCAUCAUGAUAAAUCUUCAGGAGAUGAAGAUGCUAAUAAAUCAAAUGAAGAUGAUGAUCAGGAAUGGGAAAAGUUUAAAAAAAUCCACGGCAGAGAAAAAUCUUUAGAAGGUAGAUCAAAAGUAUCACAUUCCGUUCAUUGUCCGUACUAUCCGUAUGAAAAACAAGAGUACUGGUGGACAUAUAUAUGUGACAGAAAAUCGAGGACGUUGCUUACAGCACCUUAUCAUAUUACUAGUCUGGUUGAUAGAGAAACUGUUCAUCUAAAGUUUACGGCGCCUCAUUGGCCCGGUGUUUACACAUUCACCGUGUGCCUACGAUCAGAUUCCUACUUAGGUUUCGACCAGCAAAAAGAGAUCAAGUUGGACGUCAAAGAGGCCCCAGCGGAAAUCACGGAGCAUCCUCAAUGGGAAUUCGAGGAUUCCGAAGAGGAAGAUCCGGCUGAGACGAACGAUCGCGAAUCGGAGUACACGACAGACGAAGACGUACCGAUCGAUUAAAAAAGAGUCGAUAGAAUUUUAUUUAUUAUUAAUUUGAUAGUUGGUUGCCAAAAGCAGGGACUGAUCACCGCAUACCAAGAUAAAAACUCUACAAUCCUUUUGAUUAAAAUAUAUGAUUUAAAAGUGAUUAAUUUAUAGGUUAUAUAUAUUCUAGUUUCGGUUGUUUUCUGGAUGUUUUUUAAUAGUUUAUAAAAAAUUGAUAAUGUCCAGAAUAAAGUUGGGUAAAAGUAGAUAUUGGCAUUGGAUCUAGCUAAAAAUACCAAUAAUUUAUAUCAAAUAUUUAUGUUUAUUAAAUUAUAUUUGUAAUAAAAAAAUGAUCCAUGCUGUAAAAUUUGAAAUUUUAUUAAAUACAUUGUUUUUCUUUAUAUAAUGGUUUUAUUUUAACAAAAAAAUAAAUGUUUUGUCAACAGGAUCAUGGAAUUUUUAUCUUAGUUGGCUGGAGUAAUAAAAGGUUUAGGUUUAGUUCGAAGAUGUUUAAAUGAAAAAUAUAUAUACAGAGUCGGCAACCAGAAACAGUCCAACCUGAUAUGUGACAAUAAUUAUUAGAUACAAUGAAAAUAGUAACAGGUCGAUUUAUAAACAUUUUUUUAUGAUGUAGUUGUCUUUUACAUGACAACGCCCUCAUUUGUACUUCCUCAGCACCAUAUUUUUAAAUAGGGAUACAUAGAUGAUUGGUUUAUGGGAAAAUACUUUUUUAACAGACUUAAAAAAAAAGGAGGAGGUGCUCAAUUUGUCUUUUUUUACGUAUGUUCAGCGAUAAUUCUUUAUAACGUCCGAUUUCUGUGAUUAUUUUUUAAGAAAAAAAUGUUAAAAUAGUCUUAUUUAUGGCGAAUGGGGUAGAACUAUUGAUUAAAAAAUAUUUGCAGAGGCAAAUACUGUUAGUUCAGAGUCAAUCAAACAUUUUGAUAGCAGUUAAACCAAUUUUCGACUCCUGCUUUCAAUUUUACAUCUAUUUCAAGUUUACAAUUAUUUUUUUUUGCAUACAUACAUAAAAAUCAUCAGAUCCAAAAUCUAAAAAAAUCAACCAAUACAAAUCUUACUUUGCUGCAAUUUAAAUCAUCACAGAUGGGUUCAAAGUUUUCUAAAAACAGAAUGGCUGCUAUUUGGUACUUGAUGAACGAUCGACAUAACCUAUUAACCAUUUAAUAUAGCAUAUUAUUGCGGAGUUCCUCAUAAAAAUGAUAUGCAGCACAUCUAUGUAUUUCAGCACAUUUGUUUACCUAAUUACAGUCGUCUAUCGCGGUGGACUGUUUUCAGUAGCCCACUCUGUAUUCAAUUUUUUUUACAUAUUUGUAAUAAUUUUUUUUUUAAAGAAAAUUUUUUGAAGACAUUUAAUUUUGUUGAUAUAUUUAAAUAUUUUAUUACAAUUUAAAAUUAUUUUUAUAUACGUUGUGUCGCUAGUAUUCGAUGAAAUUAACUGGAACAUUUUCAGAAUUUUAGAUGAUUUAUUUGGUUCAAAUGAAUAUUAAUCGAAAUAAAGAGAGAUGGUUUUCCAAUUAACAAGGUGAAGAAGCAUUUAUUAGGUCGAUGAAUUAAUUUUUAAUAUUAUUUUUUUUAUAAUAUCGUCUUUUUUCAAUAAAUGGAUAGUGAAGAGAGGAAAAGAUUUGCAAAUAAAAAUUUUUUAUUUCAACCUAAGAGAUUGUGAGACAAACUGAAUUUCUAUACUAUUUGUAAUAAAUAUUUUGGUUAUGUGUUGUUCAAUUUUUAUGAUAUGCACAAUCAGAACACUUGGUAAGAAUGCAAUGUUCCAGUAUGUAAAAAAUGUUCUUUUGUCUUGAUUAAAUCAUGACUAUACAGACAGGUAAGCUGCUUAACUUCCUAAACUGAAGGCUUCUUCUACAUCUCUUGCAAAUGUAAAUUUGGAGUGAUCCAGAAAAUGUUUUUAAAGUAGAUAUUGAAAAAAAUUCACACAUCGGAGCAUACAAUUCAGUUUACAUAUUAGUUUGGAUUUAAAAAACAACUCGUAUCUAUCUUGGUCGUUAAGGCCUUCUUUAGAAACAUUUUUUGUUAAUCACUCUUUUUAUUUGAAUCGUUUGUUAUGGAAACCAAAUGAAAUAUAAUAAACAACACCUUAAUAGUAGUGAGUAAUUACCUUUCGAAUUGAGUCAUUAAGUCCUAGUUUAUCUGAAAAUUGGUGCCAAAGUAAUGUGAGCAAAAACAGAUCAUUGCCUUUACACACCUUUUAAAAAAUAAAUAAAUAAUUUUGUGGAAUCUUAAUUGAAUAGCUCAAAGUAUCAGCUAUAUCCAGUUUAUAUUCUCAAAAUCAAUGAAAACAAAACUUAUUGAAAAUGCACAUUACUGUUUAUUGCAGACUGAUUUAAAUGUGAUAAUUAAUUUUAAAACUAGUAGAUGGUAACAAGAAAUAAACACAAGGUUAUCUUAAUUAUUGCUACAAGAAGAAUUGAUAGAUGAAGAAAAAAUAAAGAUUGACUAAAAAAAAUACUUAAGUAUGGUAUUUGACCCAUUCUAGUAGCGUUUCUUUUUUUGAUUUAUUAGUUAAUCAUACAAAACGAUGUGUAUGGUGAACAUUUUUUGUUAUAGGUUCAAGAGUAUUGGGAGAAAACUCAAAUAUCCAUAAGCCCAAAGAUGUAUCUUCACCAUUAAAUGAUGACGAAUUAGUUUCCAGAAUGCAGGAAUUUUUCAAAUAAUGCAGCAUUGUAUUAAAGUGAAAUCGAAGUUUGAUCAUCUGGCAGUAAAAUUUUGUGCCGGGAACCUGUACGAGAAUUUUUAUUCAGCGAGACAGAAAUUAGGAGAAGAAACAUCACUUCCUGGAAGUAACUUCAAUUUUAUUAACUCCAAUUGUGUUAAUUGUAUUCAAUAUAAUCUUUAAAUUUAUGUUGUAAUGAUAAAUGAUAAACUGUGUGCUUUUUUUGGUUUUUAAAAGUCAGGCAUUGAUGUCGAAAAUCUGCAGCUGUUAUUUUUAAUUUUGAUGAACCGUUAAAUGAAAUUAGUGCCCUUAUAGAUAGUCUUGAACAUUUAAAAGACCUGCUAGUGAUGUAUAUGGUAAAUAAUGGUAAAUAUAUAUAUCAAAAAUUAGAAAAGAUAUUUGUUCGCUAUGGCUUCUUAAUUUUCAUUAAAUAAUUUGAGUUUUUCUUAUUAAUAUCAGAUCAAUAGCUUCUCUUUAUAAUUUAAAGGAAUAAGGAAUCCUCAUGACAUGAUAUUUAGAAACACCCUAUAAUAUAUUCUUUAUUGUGUAUGUUUUGUUUAAAU